CUUAGACUUUUAGUAGUCUAUUUUGCUCUUAUUUUCCUCUCUCUUGUGAUGAAUCCUUUCUUCUUUUAGCCAAAUUAGUCUGGUUUUUUUGGCUGUCCCUUCUCAGAUUUGGGACAUUGAAGUAGUGUCUAAGGCUUAUUUGAUGACAAACGAUAAUGAAAUGAUAUAUCACUGAAAAACGAGAGAAGUGUUUACCUUGUCUCUUGGGCAUAAAAAUCUUAUCUUUCUGUGGAUUUGAUGUGAUAUUAUGACCAGUAAAUAGAGGUGAAAUGUGAGUCUUUUCCUGAAAUCAGAUAAAUGGGGUCUUGCUUUAGUGUAGAAGAGGAGAUUCAGCAGCCACAGAAUAAGGUUGCCCAUGGAAUUGCUGCAUUUCCUGGACAAGCACAUUCUCAGCUUUCCAACAAGGCAAAUGCACCACAAACCAGUAGCACUGAAGGUGCAAAAAGUGUUGUCAUAGUUUCAAAAGAUGUCAACGAUCUGCGUCAAAAUCCCGUGAAUAGUAAUCUUGACUUGUUUACGUAUGAAGAGAUGAAGUUAGCUACCAAGCAUUUCCGACCAGAUCAAGUUCUUGGUGAGGGUGGGUUUGGCAUAGUUUAUAAGGGAGUUAUAGACGGGAAUGUGAGGCCUGGUUACAAAACCACCCGUGUUGCCAUUAAAGAGCUUGAUCCUGAAGGUCUGCAGGGUGACAGAGAAUGGCUGGCAGAAGUGAACUACUUGGGGCAACUUUGUCACCCUAACCUGGUGAAGCUCAUUGGAUAUUGCUGUGACGAUGACCAUCGGCUGUUGGUUUAUGAAUACAUGGCUUCUGGAAGCCUGGAGAAACACCUUUUCCCAAGAGUCUGUUCUACACUAACAUGGUCAAGGAGAAUGAAGAUCGCUUUAGAUGCUGCAAAAGGGCUUGCUUUUCUUCAUAGUGCAGAAAGGCAAAUUAUUUAUCGAGAUUUCAAGACUUCUAAUAUUUUGCUGGAUGCGGAUUUCAAUGCAAAGCUUUCUGACUUUGGACUUGCAAAGGAUGGGCCUAUGGGAGAUCAAACACAUGUAUCAACCCGAGUCAUGGGUACCUACGGCUAUGCAGCUCCUGAGUAUGUCAUGACUGGACAUUUAACCGCAAGAAGUGAUGUUUAUGGCUUUGGGGUCGUCUUGCUUGAGAUGCUUAUUGGAAGGAGAGCAAUGGAUAAGAGUAGGCCUAGCCGGGAGCAUAACCUUGUGGAGUGGGCUCGCCCACUUCUUAACAGCAGCAAGAAGCUUUUGAAAAUACUGGACCCUCGAAUGGAAGGGCAAUACUCUACUAAAGUCGCCGUAAAGGUGGCAGUUCUUGCAUAUCAAUGUCUUAGCCAAAACCCGAGAGGGAGGCCUGUCAUGAGCCAAGUGGUCGAAUUACUGGAAGGCUUUCAAACUCAAACUGGAAGUCGAGAGGAGGAAAUGCUUCAGAGUGGAGGUGGAAGUGUAACCCUUUAUGAAGUCCCGAGAGGAAUGCCUGACAGUCCGGCCACAGAGCAGAAAAACCAGCUGAAAAGUGAGAGUCAAAGAGAUGUCAGGCCUCCAAAAAAAGCAAACAAACAAAUGGAAGGAGCAGAAGUGAGCCUCCGAAGGAGUGCGAUCUUUACAGUUCUUUCCGAGAUGCUGGACUAG